UCAUUCAGCUCCCUUUCUCCUCAAAUUCUACACAACGAGGUUCAGCAUUCAUUUUUGCUUGCUUGCCCUGUAAAUCAAAUCAAGUCCACUCCACAGUCUCCAUUUUAACUCCUGACUUCUCGCAAAAACAGUGUUUUCUCAUUAGUAAAAUUACACACUAUAAAUAUUUAACUUACUCCGAAAGACCCCCACUUUUCACAGUUAUCAAAUUAAGUGCUCAUCCGCCAUUAUGAUGAAUACUCGCGACUCAUCAGUUGAGCAAGAUAACGACCGAUAUAAACCUCGCCGCGAAAAAAACAGUAAAAAACACAAACAUCACGAUCGUGAAAGGGGGGACCAUGGCGUUGAAAAGCGUCGCCAUCAUCACAAAAAAGAUGGCCACAAGCAUCGCGUUGACCUUUCCCCUGAAGGAGAUGACACUUAUGGCAGCAACCGAUCCGUGUUCAAAGAUUACGGUCACGGUCAGGUGGUCGGAAGGGUUGAGACGCGACCCUCGAAAAAAUCCAGGCGCGAUAAGCACGUCAUGUAUGACAACGGAAACCAGGAAAAUUGUUGGGGCGAAGCGGCAGAAGAUUGGGAUGCAGAGGCGAAAGGACGCGAUGACAAUAUGGAAACUGAGGAGCCAUCAAAACCAGAACCGAUAUCGUAUCAAGCACGGCAUGGAAGAUACGAAUCGGUAUACGAAUCUGUUGCGAUGCCAAAACACAACGUGAUCUUGCCACCUGAACCACGCUAUCCACAAAAAUAUGAACCCGUCUACCAAGUCGACGAACGACUGCAAAACGACGUCAACCUUUAUGAACUUCCGCAUUACCAAAGGAAACCGGAACGAAAACAGUAUCGCGUUGGUCAACAAUUCUCCCAAUUUUCUGGAUACGAUUCACCUCUCGGUGGUGGUAAUAGAAACUACAAUGCCUACCCUCCAACAAACGCUUAUCCAAGAUAUCCUUCUGUGAAAGAAGAGCCAACAUAUUCUUGGGAUGAUAACAGUAACAUGGACUACAAAUGCGCCCCCAUUUCUGAGACAAAGAUUCAUUACGAUUACAAGCCAAGCACGCCAUCUUCAAUUAAAUAUGAACCAAUUGUGGUAUUGCCUCCAAAAUUGUCACCCGUUGUGAAAGAUUUAGAAAAAGAGGAUGGCGAGUGUAGCGACAGUGAGGAAGAAAGCUUUGAGGCAUUUAUUGGCGAAGAUCCAUUCAGUUAGAUAGAUGCAUAAUUAUUUAUUGGUUAGAAUAGUUGUGAAUACUUUAAAAUUUUGGGUGAAAAUCACAAAAUGAUAAAAAUGUUAUGCUUCAUUGUUAUCGAUUGUUGCUAAAACUUUAAUUAAUUCUUAAUACUGAAAUAAUAGAUUUUAAUGGAUUUGUUUAAUUAAUUAAUAAAUUUGUUAGUAAUGUAA